CUGGUCUCGGUCUGCAGUACGUCGCGCGGGAGCUUGCCAAGCACACGAUUCUUCUCGCGAUUGGUAAAAGGCGAAGUGCGCGAUGACGGCAUUACCGGUGUUUUUCGCUCUGCUGGUAGUGGCUGGCUGUAGUCCGGUGAUCCGAGAGGACUUGAAACUGGAGCUUGUGCAAGUUCUCUUUAGACACGGCGAGCGGACUCCUCAGGCGAACGAGAGCAAGCUGAUAGGCAACUCAAGCAGAGCUUUACAAGAGCCUUGGGGAUACUCGCAGCUAACAAACAAUGGAAAGCGACAAGAAUACAAAAUUGGCCAGUUGCUUCGAGAGCGCUACUCGGAGUUCCUUGGCGAGCUAUUCCGACCAGAAUACGUUCAUGCCGUUAGCUCCGAUUACGAUAGGACGAAGGCGUCGCUGCAGCUUGUCCUGGCAUCACUUUACGCACCAUCAGACGAGCUUGUCUGGAACAAGGAUCUGGACUGGAUGCCCAUACCCACUCACUACGCGCCCAAGAAGCUAGAUGCGCUUUUUAGUAUGUGGACCGAAUGUCCCAAGUUCGAAAAAGCUUGGCAGAAAUUGAUGAAGAGCUCAGAUAUCAAGCAGCAGGUUACCCAAUUCGAGGAUCUCUUCAAGAAUCUCAGUCAGUAUUACCCGGAAACUUAUUUCGAUCUGGAACAGCUCUUCUACAUGAAUAAUUUGCUGAUAAUAGAGUCGUCCCUGGACGCCCCCUACCCCGAGUGGUACACACCGGAGCUGCACCAGCAGAUCUCCAAGGGCUCUAAACUCUACCUGGACACUCUGUCCUACACACCCGGACUUAUCCGAUUGAACGGCGGUCCCUUGACGCGGCGAUUCGUUGAGAAUUUGAAUGUUAAGAGCAAGCGUGUCAACCCACGAAAAAUCUACUUGUACAGUGGACACGAGUUUACUCUCUAUGCCUUUGCUAAGGCGCACAAUAUCACGCUUGUCAAGUCCCCGGUUUAUGGGUCGGCUAUUAUUCUGGAGAAAUUGAGGAACUGCGAUGGUGACAUUUUUGUCAAGAUGUAUUUGUGGACUGGAGUGUCCGAAGAGCUACAGCCGAUAAAGUUGCCAAACUGCGACGAAUACUGUCGAGUAGACGACUACUUGAACCUCGUCCAGACAUCUCUGCCGUCGGACGACGAGAUGCGAUGUCUCUACAAAAACUUGAAGCCUACUGAUUUGGAAAAAAUCAUGGCAUCCGACGUGCUUGGAACGAUAUCAGACUGAAUGAAGAAAAAAAACACAUGUCACUGAUCUCAUUCUCUCAUCCAGCGAUGAUAAGUGUAAUAAUUAGCUUGGAGUUUGAAAUUGUCAUAAUGAUACGCAAACGAGGCUUUCACGGUAUUUGUAUUCCUCUAGGAAAAAUAUACAUAAUAUAAUAUAUUCAUAAAAUAAAACAUAGACAGUGCUUAUCUAUACCUGACAGACUUGUACAUGAAAUUCAAAUAAAUAUAUGAAGAAAAAGUU